UCAAACCAUCAACAUGCACGCAUUUACAAAGUGUCUCAUGUUGAUAUUUUUAAUGUCGUCUUUAGUCAUAAGUAUAGCAAAUUCUUAUGGCAAAUUGGAUUUGAAAUUGUGUUGUGACCAAUGGAAAUCCUAUAGUCUGAAGAGAUAUGAAUGUGAGGAAAUUUCAACGGAACAUGGAAAUAUAAAUUGGACCAAAGGCAUGGAUUUGGGUGGAGGUUUAAUCAGUACGGUGAAUAUUCAAAAUGAUUUUGAACACAAAGUUCAGAGUCCUUGCAAGGAACCAGCACUUAUUAGGACCAAAGAUGAUCUAAUAAUUAUGGAGCAUAUUUUUGGAGAUUUUUGUUUUACACCCCAAAGUAUCAAUGGAACCCAACAAUAUACCUUCUUACCUCUCCCAACGAAAUGUGACGUGAUCGAGAAGAGCAAUGUUCAGGAGGAGUCAGUGGAUCGAGUGAGAUUUGCACAUGUAGCCAAGUAUUUCACAGGAGCAAUUCUCUUUUUGAUUCUUCUACUACCGACCAUUUGUGUCUACACAUCAAUCAAGGAGCUAAGAGAGAAGAUACAAACCAAACUUUUCAUAUGCUAUGGCAUAGUGACGAUAAUACCGUUUGUGCUGAUGAUGGCAACAAUCUAUGAUUAUUACUAUCCGUUCUUGAACAAUCGGCAAAGAAGCAUUAUAUAUAAAACUUCAUUUUAUUUUGGCAUUUCCGGCAUUAACUGGUCGGGUGUCAUAUGUUUUGAGAUGCGGCGCACCUUUUCUCAAACAUGUUUGGAUGCCAGUCCGAAAAAGGAUUUUAAACGUUUCAUUUGGUAUUCCUUGUAUGUGUGGAGUUUGUCAUUUGUAGUGGCGCUAUUGGCAUCGGCUUUUGCCAUAAAGCAUAUGGAUGAUGUUUUCCUCUUGGUAUUCUUUGUUAUCCACACAAUAAUCUUUUUGAAAUUGUCAUUUGAUAUUUGCGUGACACGCCUUAACGCCGCAAAAUUGAAAGAAGGAAAACAGUCCGUAUGGAAGAAUGUUCGAAUCAUUGUCCGUCUAUCAGCCAUGAUGGGUAUCUCACAACUGACACACUAUGCGGUGUAUAUGGCCUGCGAAUUGAAUGGAGCCUCCCUAAUGACUGCCGUUCAUGUCACAAAUAUUAUUUGCUGUCUGGAUGCUCUGGUGAUUUUAGUACUCUUUGUUAUGAGAACAAAUGUUAGGAACAUGAUAAAAACAAGAUUCAAUUCCUGCUGCGGUAGCAAAUGUUCAUCUAAGUCAAAAGGCCCGCAAACGGCAGUUUGAAGUAAGAAAUGUAAUUUGUAAUCACUUACAUCAGUAUUCGGUACUAAAAGACUCCUCUAACAUGACUUCCUCAUAUGUGAUACCAGCACAGAAAUAAUAAAAACUAUAUUCAAUUAAG